GCGAUCGAGCGCUUGAACUCCAAUCCGGCGUGGGACGCUGCACGUGCCGCAUUGGAAGGCUCCGCCUAUCAGGUACCUGAGGAGAUCUACUCGCCCGUCCCAAGCACCCAGGCCCAAUUGGACAGUGUAAGCAGCAGUUCCUUGACGCUGCCCGAAAAGGCCCUGUUCCCAGGGGCGCAGUACCGCUUCGUGCUGAACGUCUCGGACAGCAACAAUCCCAGCAGGUUUAGCAUUGCGGCCACUGAGAUCAAGGUGAUUCAGAGCCAACCGCACCUGGGAUCUCUGCGGGUGAGCCCUAUGCGGGGCACUUCAGGUGUCACGGAGUUCACCCUGGAGGCCUAUGGAUGGAGUGCCGAGGAGGCGGGCAUGCCGCUGCUUUACGACUUUGGCUAUUUGGACAACCAAGGCCCCCCACUGGGUGGUGGCACCGCGGAAGUUCGCCUGGGCUCGGGGCCUCGCGCCUUGCUGGUGACUCAGGACCUACCCGCAGGGGACAUCACUUUCUUCGUGGACGUUUACACCACCUUUGGCGGCUCCCUUCGCGCCACCGUGGACGUCACGGUGGAUGCAUGGCCCGUGUCCAACGCCACGAGCCAACGUUUGGCGGACGCCUUGAGCGCCAUUGAGUUGGCCGAUCCGGCGGCUGCUAUUGCCCAGCUGCACCAGAGCUCAGAGGGGAUCUGCAAUGACUUGGAAAGUGGAUGA